AUGCUGUCUCUGCAGGCGGUGAUGGAUGUUCAGCUGGAGGCUGAGCGGGAGGAGGCGGCGGCGCGUCAGAACAUCCUGGAGCAGGAGAGACGCGACAGGGAGCUGGCCAUGAGGAUUGCCCAGAGCGAGUCUGAACUCAUCCCAGAGGACAGCCAGAACGACGCAGGCCUGCGCAGGUAACAGCUCACUAACACAGAUAACUCACCUCCAUACACUGUCUCUAACCCUCUGAUGUGAAGCAGAGAUGGGGCUUGGAGAGACAAAAAUAUAUUUCUCCUCUUUCAGCGUCUGUGUGUAGGCCCGCCUAACCUAUCUAUUUUCUUCUCUUCUCUUCUCCCAGUAACGGCACCUCAGGUGUUCCAUCAUCCCCAGAGAGAGCUACGUAAGACACCAAGAUUUAACCCUUUAAUCCCCCCAGUCCAACCUAAACCUGACCACUGGACCAUAACUACCCUGCAUACUGUAGCAAUCUGCUAAGUAAACCAACCAACCUUAACUCUAUCAAGCAAACACAGCCAUUGAUCGAUGAUAGGCUAAUUAUGAUAUUUAAACAAUCUCAUAAUUCAACUUCCGAAUCAGAAUCACCUUUAUUUACAUGUACCUGGAAUUUUACCUCAAAAUUAGAUUCUCAGACAUGACUGAGAUCACUUUGAAUGUCAAUACUUUCCUUUAUUUUCUAAUUGUUGUCAGAGAGGAUCUGUCAUUUAACCAAUCAAAGUAAGAGAGGAAAGGGAAUCACCUUUUCUUCAGUUCCUGAUUGGCUCCUGUAUUGUGUACAGUGUUAGAGCCCCAUUGUAAUCCUCAUCAUUCUCUUGUUGCAGUGGAGCUGGUGGAUCUCAAAAGCUCAAGAGCAUGUCCAUGUAGGUUACUUUUAAACACCACCUUCACUAUGUUUGAACAUACCUUCAGCAUUCUUGCACUUUUUUUUUUAUUCAGUAGAGGUACACAUAGAAUAUCACACUUUAUAUAUUUUUUGAUGGAUGCUUUUUUUGUAGUUUUUUUUUAUAUCGAGGCUGAAAAGAAUGCAUUGUGGAAAAGCAACGGCUAAGCUGACUGCACUGGCCAUUAGCUUGAUAUUACUAAUCUAUUUUACUGUACGCUGUAGCACCGAAACAACUAGCAUCUGGAAACUAGACCUCAGCUCCCCACAGCAUUCCCUCAGGCCCUAAACCAAACCAACUCACUAACAUGCAUUUGAUGGAUGUGUCACAUUGUGAACCAGAUACAUUCUGCUGUGCACUCACCUGUAUGACACUUUCUAGAGUGGUGUUUUGAAAGGUCCUAAUGGAUUUGCCAAAUGGUUACUCUCUCUGUUUCUGUCCAUUUCACUUUUUUUUUUUAAGCCCUUAAUCAAUUUCUCUGAAAUAUGCUCUCUCGUCAGGUAAUAGCAAAUCACUAUAAAGGACAAUUCCACAGGAUCUAGGCUGAGUGUAGAUAUUAGAAUGUACACGUUGGCUCAAUGUGCGUCACCUGAGAGUGUCCAAAUCAGGAAGAGAAGCUCUUGUAAUUAUGCAACAUUUUCCUCCUUAGAACAGCAGGAGGGAGCUUCACAUUCUGAGGUCUGGGCUGUUUUCACAGCCUCAUGCUGAAACGAUCACACACACACUACACAGACACGACUACACACAAACACACACACAUGUACACACACACACACACUGACAGAUCAGCCUCUGUAUGUCACGCCACCUGUAAAGCAUCAGCGUUCUUGUUAGGGAGAGAGUUUGUUAUCCUCUUGUCUGCACAUGCCCACUUUUCUCUCUUUACACGCCUUCUUCCUCUGUGCCAUCUUAGAACUGCAAUCAAUGUGCACAUGUGACAGUUGGAUGGUAUUGAAAGUGUCUCUGUGGUUCUAACUCUUAUUAUACUGGGCUCAUCAUGUCCUUUUAGGGAGGAAAUGGCCAAGGAAAUGUCUGAGCUUCUGUCUAGGUGGGUAGAGAUCCUUACUUUAAGUUCCAUGAAUGACAUCUCAGAAAAUCUUCACAAUCACUUUAAACUCAAUGGAUCAAAACAGAAUGAUCAACAGAAGUAUAUGAUGUGCGAAUAAAUACUAAUCACCUUAAUAGGGAUUCAUCUUCUUAAUUAGGGUAAUUCUGCAUAAUUCCACACAAUUAACCAUUAACCAUAAUUGAGAAUUCCUACACAAUGGGGUGGGGCUGCCCACCAUACAAAUGAAUGAAUGAUUGGUUUUCAAAUCAGACUGUGUCUUUUUAAGUUGUUAGGUCUCAGACAAUCAUUUACUUUUAGCUAGCUUUUACUUCAAAUACCGGUAAGUAAAUAAUGACGAGACUCACUCUACAAUGGGACCUCAUCAUAUGUUGGUUCUAACUAUUAUAGUUAGUCACACAUUAUAUAAGUCAGCCAUAUCCUGAUUCAUGCACUGUAGUAGAGCAGCUGUUCUUUAUUGGAUCCCCAUUAGCUGAUGCCAUGGGGCCAGCCUCGCGCCAUCGGAAUGACUGAAUGAGGGACAUUUGACCCUGAGGCCACACCCAGCAGGAACUACUGUCACUUUGUCUGUGUACUGAUUGGCUCAAGCCACCUGCCACUACUCCUCAUGGUGACACAUGGCCACAGGAAGCGGGAGCAGCAGGUGACCGGCCCGCUGGCCCAAGGUCAAUGGAGCUGCGUGCUGCUGGGUCCCUGGAAUAGCCACCAACUGCGCCAAGUGUGCGAGGCCAGCUCCCCUGGGUGGAGAGGCUCAAUGGCUCAGUUAGUCAAUAGGAUUAGAGCGUGGAUGGCCUCAGGUGGCCCAGGGCCCGUCCCCUAACUCCAGCCUCAGAUCCAGAGAGUCAGUGUUCUAAAAGGGGCAAAUCCUAGCCAGGACUUAAUCAGCCCUGUCAGCAGCACUGUGUUGGAGGUGAUGGCAGAACAGACAACCAACAGCUAGAGAGGAGAAGUACACAUAGGACCAGUUUCCUGGACACAGGUUACGUCUUUAAUCUUUGUCUGGGAAACCGUCCCUUACAGUGCUUAAUGGCCGGUCAGAUUAAAGCAGCACCAUGACCAACUCAGUGGCCUUGUGAUUAGUGUCCACCCUGAGAAAGGAAGGUUGGGAGUUCGAUCUCCGGCCAAGUCAUACCAAAGACUGUAAACAUUCGACCCGAUGCGUUUCUGCUUGGCACUCCGAAUUAAGGAGAGAGAUUGGGGGUAAGGCCCUGCGAUAGACAAGCUGCCUCACGCUCCAGAAACCUGCUCCUAUGAGCCGUUCCAGCUCCAUAAAGGGGUUGGGUUUUGAAUAGUCUGUGUUUCUCGUGUGGGGUUGUUGAAUUUUUCUUGUACAGUGCAGCUGACCUGACAAACUCCACAUUUCCCCCCUUAUCACCCUGCUCCCAAAUCCUCCAAUGAAAAUUUCAAUAUGUCAAUAUGACAUCAUAUGAUGUGAAUUAUGACCUUUGUGAGCUCUCUCCUUGUGGAUCCUGUCAUUCUUGCUCCACUGUGGAGUAGGGUGAAGUUGCCCCUAGACACUGAUCUUAAGUCAGUUUUGCAUUUUCCCCACUAAUGGUUGCAGUUUGACGUUUGUCAUGAGCCUUGCCCUGGAGGCAGAACUGAGCGGUUUCCGCUAGAUAGGCUAGCUGCAAAGUCAAAAUUGUCUAUAUCGUAAAAGUUUAUGAAAACAAAUGUGCUUUUUGGUCCUAGUACAUGAGUCAUCUCAAUAAAUGUGAACCUGCCUAAUGGUUAGGAUUGGGAGAGAGGAAGCUGAUCCUAGAUCUGUACCCAGGGGAAACUUCACCCUGGAGCCUCCACUAUAUAUUGAUCUGGUUUUGGUUGUAACCCCACUGUGAUGGUUGUAACCCCACUGUGCUGGUUGUAACCCCACUGUGCUGGUUGUAACCCCACUGUCCUGGUUGUUUCUGUGCUGCCAGAGGCCCACAGGUUCAGGCUACCAAAGCUGCUGCUGCUGGCACCAAGAAGUACGAGCUCAGCAAGUGGAAAUACGCCGAGCUGAGGGACGCCAUCAACACAUCCUGUGGUAAGAAAGUCAAUCGUGCCAAAUAUGUGGUUAAAAGAUCUUUAAGAAACUUGACUGUGACAUUUUGCUGUGACAUUGACAGUUCAAUUAGGAGUGACAAAGUUCUCUGAGGCUGUUUAGCUUCUGGCUGAAAGUGAGCUGUGAUUUUACAGCUUUUACUUGCUCUGUGUUUAUUUAUUAAUACCCAUGUUAUUAUUUGAUCACUUAUUUUUACAUGACGUUCAAAUUCUUCUAUCAUUUGGUAGAACAGUAUGGUACCAAUGUUCAAACGUAGUGCACUAUGUAGGGAAUAGGGUUUCAUUUUGGGACGUAGCCUCAUUGGCUGCUCCCAAAGCGCCGUGUCAUAUGUGUCAAAUGUGUCCAACAAUAGGUAUCUGGGGUUGCAGACGCAUCUGUAUUGAAAGUAAAACAUUUCACCUCUCCGUUUUCAUUCACGAAAUGAUCAGGCAUACUGAUGUUAAGUAGUAUGCACAUUGCAGGGAGACAUUUUGAGAGUGAAAUUACUAAUUUAUCUGGAGGGUAGGGAGCCGUAUUUGUGCACUCAACUUUACCAAGGCACUUAGCAGGUAUUAACCAUCUAAUUUCACACCAUAUUUCGCUCCGGGAGUUCAUCUGGUAUGCUGAUUGACAACUUGAAUGCAUUUUAAUCCUAGCAGCAAUUGUUUUAGAAUUUCAUGAAGACAUAGAAUGACAAUGAAAGCCAUAAUGCUGCCUUAAUUUGUUUUUGAAGUAAUGAAAAUCUUCUAGUAGUAGGUCUCCUCCAUCCAUCUGUCUGUUGGUAGUCCUCCAUCCGUCUCUGUUGGUAGUCCUCCAUCCAUCUGUCUGUUGGUAGUCCUCCAUCCGUCUCUGUUGGUAGCCCUCCAUCCGUCUGUCUGUUGGUAGUACUCCAUCCGUCUGUCUGUUGGUAGUCCUCCAUCCAGUCUGUCUGUUGGUAGUCCUCCAUCGUCUUCUGUUGGUAGUCCUCCAUCCGUCUGUCUGUUGGUAGUCCUCCAUCCGUCUGUCUGUGGUAGUCCUCCAACCGUUGUCUGUUGGUAGUCCUCCAACCGUCUGUCUGUUUGGUAGUCCUCCAACCGUCUCUGUUGGUUGUCCUCCAUCCGUCUGUCUGUUGGUAGUCCUCGUCACCAUCGUCUGGUUGGUAGUCCUCCAUCCAUCUGUCUGUUGGUAGUCCUCAUCCAUCUGUCCUGUUGGUAGUCCUCCAUCCAUCUGUCUGUUGGUAGUCCUCCAUCCAUCUGUCGUUGGUAGUCCUCCAUCCGUCUGUCUGUUGAUAGUCCUCCAUCAUCUGUCGUUGGUAGUCCUCCAUCCAUAUGUCUGUUGGUAGUUCCUCCAUCCAUAUGUCUGUUGGUAGUCCUCCAUCCAUCUGUCGUUUGGUAGUCCUCCAUCCAUCUGUCUGUUGGUAGUCCUCCAUCCAUCUGUCUGUUGGUAGUCCUCCAUCCAUCUGUCUAUUGGUAGUCCUCCAUAAUCUGUCUGUUGGUAGUCCUCCAUCAUCUGUAUGUUGGUAGUCCUCCAUCAUCUGUCUGUUGGUAGUCCUCCAUCAUCUGUCUGUUGGUAGUUCCCUCCAUCCAUCUGUCUGUUGGUAGUCCUCCAUCCAUCUGUCUGUUGGUAGUCCCAAUCCUUUUAGUCCUCCUCGUCUCUGUUGGUAGUCCUCCAUCCAUCUGUCUGUUGGUAGUCCUCCAUCCGUCUGUCUGUUGGUAGUCUUCCAUCCGUCUGUCUGUUGGUAGUCUCCAUCCGUCUGUCUGUUGGUAGUACUCCAUCCGUCUGUCUGUUGGUAGUCCUCCAUCCGUCUGUCUGUUGGUAGUCCUCCAUCCGUCUGUCUGUUGGUAGUCCUCCAUCCGUCUGUCUGUUGGUAGUCCUCCAUCCGUCUGUCUGUUGGUAGUCCUCCAACCGUCUGUCUGUUGGUAGUCCUCCAACCGUCUGUCUGUUGGUAGUCCUCCAUCCGUCUCUGUUGGUUGUCCUCCAUCCGUCUGUCUGUUGGUAGUCCUCCAUCCAUCUGUCUGUUGGUAGUCCUCCAUCCAUCUGUCUGUUGGUAGUCCUCCAUCCGUCUCUGUUGGUAGUCCUCCAUCCAUCUGUCUGUUGGUAGUCCUCCAUCCAUCUGUCUGUUGGUAGUCCUCCAUCCGUCUGUCUGUUGGUAGUCCUCCAUCAUCUGUCUGUUGGUAGUCCUCCAUCCAUAUGUCUGUUGGUAGUCCUCCAUCCAUAUGUCUGUUGGUAGUCCUCCAUCCAUCUGUCUGUUGGUAGUCCUCCAUCCAUCUGUCUGUUGGUAGUCCUCCAUCCAUCUGUCUGUUGGUAGUCCUCCAUCCAUCUGUCUAUUGGUAGUCCUCCAUAAUCUGUCUGUUGGUAGUCCUCCAUCAUCUGUAUGUUGGUAGUCCUCCAUCAUCUGUCUGUUGGUAGUCCUCCAUCUGUCUGUUGGUAGUCCUCCAUCAAUCUGUCUGUUGGUAGUCCUCCAUCCAUCUGUCUGUUGGUAGUCCUCCAUCCAUCUGUCUGUUGGUAGUCCUCCAUCCGUCUCUGUUGGUAGUCCUCCAUCCGUCUGUCUGUUGGUAGUCUUCCAUCCGUCUGUCUGUUGGUAGUCCUCCAUCUGUCUGUUGGUAGUCCUCCAUCUGUCUGUUGGUAGUCCUCCAUCAUCUGUCUGUUGGUAGUCCUCCAUCAUCUGUCUAUUGGUAGUCCACCAUCAUCUGUCUGUUUUUAGUCCUCUAUUCCAUCCUGUCUGUUGGGAUAGGUCCUCAUCCGUCUCUGUUGGUAAAAUCCUCCAUCCGUCUGUCUUUUGGUAGUCCUCCAUCCGUCUGUCUGUUGGUAGUCUUUCAUCCGUCUGUCUGUUGGUAGUCCUCCAUCAUCUGUCUGUAGGUAGUCCUCCAUCCAUCUGUCUGUUGGUAGUCCUCCAUCCUCUGUCUGUUGGUAGUCCUCCAUCCGUCUCUGUUGGUAGUCCUCCAUCCGUCUGCUGUUGGUAGUCUCCAUCCGUCUGUCUGUUGGUAGUCCAUCAUCUGUCUGUUGGUAGUCCAUCCGUCUGUCUGUUGUAGUCUCCAUCCGUCUGUCUGUUGGUAUAGUCCUCCAUCAUCUGUCUUGGUAGUCCGUCUUCACAUCCGUCUGUCUGUUGUAGUCCUCCAUCAUCGUCUGUUAGAAAGAUAGUGACUGGAGUCAUGAUCCGUCUGUCUGUUGGAGUCCUCCAUCCGUCUCUUGUUGUAGUCUCUCCUGGUGGUAGUCGUCCUCCAUCCAUCUGCUGUUGGUAGUCCUCCAUCCGUCUCUGUGGUAAGCCACUCCAUCCGUCUGUCUGUUGGUAGUACUCCAUCCGUCUGUCUGUUGGUAGUCCGCCAUCCGUCUGUCUAUUGGGGAAGUCCUCCCAUCCGUCUGUCCUGUUGGUAGUCCUCCCAUCCUCUGUCUGUUUGGUAGUCCUCCAUCCGUCUGUCUGUUGGUAGUCCUCCAACCGUCUGUCCUGUUGGGUAGUCCUCCAACCGGUCCUGUCCUGUUGGUAGUCCCGCCCAUCCGUCUCUGUUGGUUGUCCUCCAUCCCGUCUGUCCUGUUGGUAGUCCUCCAUCGCAUCUGUGCUGUUGUAAUCCUCCAUCGUCUGGUCUGUUUGGGUAGUCCUCCAUCCAUCUGUCUGUUGGGUAGUCCUCCAUCCAUCUGAUCUUGUUGGUAGUCCUCAAUCCGUCCUCUGUUUGGUAGUCCUCCAUCCAACUGUCUGUUGGUAGUCCUCCAUCCAUCUGGCCUGUUGGUAAGUCCUCCAGCCGUCUGUCUGUUGGUAGUCCUCCAUAAUCUGGUCUGUUGGUAGUCCUCCAUCCGUCUGUCUGUUGGUAGUCCUCCACCUCUGUCUGUUGGUAGUCUCCCAACGUCUGUCUGUUGGUAGUCCUCCAUCCUCGUCUGUUGGUAGUCCUCCAUCCGUCUGUCUGUUGGUAGUCCUCCAUCCAUCUGUCUGUUGGUAGUCCUCCAUCCGUCUCUGUUGGUAGCCCUCCAUCCGUCUGUCUGUUGGUAGUACUCCAUCCGUCUGUCUGUUGGUAGUCCUCCAUCCGUCUGUCUGUUGGUAGUCCUCCAUCCGUCUGUCUGUUGGUAGUCCUCCAUCCUCUGUCUGUUGGUAGUCCUCCAACCGUCUGUCUGUUGGUAGUCCUCCAACCUCUGUCUGUUGGUAGUCCUCCAUCCGUCCUGUUGGUGUCCUCCAUCCUCUGUCUGUUGGUAGUCCUCCAUCGUCUUCGUUGGUAGUCCUCCAUCCAUCUGUCUGUUGGUAGUCCUCCAUCCGUCUCUGUUGGUAGUCCUCCAUCCAUCUGUCUGUUGGUAGUCCUCCAUCCAUCUGUCUGUUGGUAGUCCUCCAUCCGUCUGUCUGUUGGUAGUCCUCCAUCAUCUGUCUGUUGGUAGUCUUCCAUCCGUCUGUCUGUUGGUAGUCCUCCAUCAUCUGUCUGUUGGUAGUCCUCCAUCCAUCUGUCUGUUGGUAGUCCUCCAUCCAUCUGUCUGUUGGUAGUCCUCCAUCCAUCUGUCUUUUGGUAGUCCUCCAUCCAUCUGUCUAUUGGUAGUCCUCCAUCAUCUGUCUGUUGGUAGUCCUCCAUCAUCUGUAUGUUGGUAGUCCUCCAUCAUCUGUAUGUUGGUAGUCCUCCAUCAUCUGUCUGUUGGUAGUCCUCCAUCAUCUGUCUGUUGGUAGUCCUCCAUCAUCUGUCUGUUGGUAGUCCUCCAUCAAUCUGUCUGUUGGUAGUCCUCCAUCCAUCUGUCUGUUGGUAGUCCUCCAUCCAUCUGUCUGUUGGUAGUCCUCCAUCCGUCUCUGUUGGUAGUCCUCCAUCCGUCUGUCUGUUGGUAGUCUUCCAUCCGUCUGUCUGUUGGUAGUCCUCCAUCUGCCUGUUGGUAGUCCUCCAUCUGUCUGUUGGUAGUCCUCCAUCAUCUGUCUAUUGGUAGUCCACCAUCAUCUGUCUGUUUUUAGUCCUCUAUCCAUCUGUCUGUUGGUAGUCCUCCAUCCGUCUCUGUUGGUAGUCCUCCAUCCAUCUGUCUGUUGGUAGUCCUCCAUCCGUCUGUCUGUUGGUAGUCUUCCAUCCGUCUGUCUGUUGGUAGUCCUCCAUCAUCUGUCUGUAGGUAGUCCUCCAUCCAUCUGUCUGUUGGUAGUCCUCCAUCCAUCUGUCUGUUGGUAGUCCUCCAUCCAUCUGUCUGUUGGUAGUCCUCCAUCCAUCUGUCUGUUGGUAGUCCUCCAUCAUCAGUCUGUUGGUAGUCCUCCAACCGUCUGUCUGUUGGUAGUCCUCCAUCAUCUGUCUGUUUGUAGCUCUGACCAUGGUGGUUCUAGUUGGCUGGUAUACUUCACUACCUGCUAUGCUCUAAUAUUUCUCUCUCUCUCUCUCUCUCUCUCUCUCUCUCUCUCUCUCUCUCUCUCUCUCUCUCUCUCUCUCUCUCUCUCUCUCUCUCUCUCCUCUCUCUCUCCCCCCCACCCUCCCUCACUCCACCUGCAGACAUUGAGUUGCUGGCCGCCUGCCGAGAGGAGUUCCACCGCCGGCUGAAGGUCUACCAUGCCUGGAAGUCAAAGAACAAGAAGCGUGGCAACGACCCCGGCAACACUGAGCAGAGGGCCCCCAAAUCGGUCACCGACUAUGGUAAGGGUCCCCACAGCUCACCUCGACCCCAACCCCCAGGGGGUCUUUCAGACAGUCUUAUACAGUACAACAUCAUUGAAGGUGUCUUUUUCCAUUGAUUUGGAAAACAUCAAUUUUUAUUCUGCUCCCAAUACCCUAGAGGAGGCAGACCCAAAGAGACUGUCUCGGUCAGAGCUUUAGCCCCUUAUUGAGUAUUCUACUAUAGUACUGAUACUGGGUCUGUGUCCCAAAUGGCACUCUACUCACUACAUAGUGCACUAUAUAGAGAAUAGGGUGUCAUUUGGGACACAUCCUGUUGGUGGCUGAUCUCUUCUCAUUGUUCUCCAUAGAAACCUGUGCUCUCUUUCUCCUUUAACGCUCCACUGGUUCUGCCUCAUUUCCAUGAGCAGUCGCCAUGACGACAAAGAGCUAUUCCCCUGAUUGGGCCACAUACACAGCCCCCAUAGAAUUACAUACAGAAUCAUCAUGUAUAAUUAUCGGGUCUGUAGCUAUGCCCAGCCCCCACCUCUCACUUAGUGUGCAUGCACAGUACCAGCUAUACCUCUACCUGUUCUCUGACACAAUAACAAGCCAGAGGCUGAGGAGAGCUCAUAUUUUCAGGAUCCUAGCAUAAUGUAGCCUACAAUCUAAUGAUUUUGCUUGUGAAUGACCAUAUACAGUGGAAUGACACUCCCGGUUCUUCCAUGCCUAUGGUCUUAUCCAUGUAGGCCGAUCCUGGCAACCGUAAACACAUGUAAAGACGUGGUAAUGACUCUGUCAUUAUAUAUAAUGGUUUCUUGUUCCACUAACAUCUAUGAUGAUGUGAUAGGCUCAAAAAUGUAUUUCUAGGAAAUCCAUGUGUCAUUCCAUGAUCUUGUCUUGCGUGUUGUUUCUUUCAUACCUGUGUCCUACUGCAUGUGAUGUUUGUUAUUGUAACCUGGCAUGUUUACUUUCAGAUCUCGCACCUCAUGUGAGACGAGCACGUAAGUGGUUCUCCACAAUGUAUUAGCAUCACUAACCUCAGCCCCUAACCCCUCUAUUAACCAUGGGGAAAUGUGUGUGGGACUCACUACGCUGUGUGGAAGGGUUUUACUUUCUGUUUUAGGAUGCACCAUAUUUCCUUGUAGUGCACUACUUUUUACCAGGACCCAUAGGGUUCUGGUCAACAGUAGUGCACUAUAUAGGAAAUAGGGUGCAACCUUGGUGAUGGCAUAAGGAAGCUUACAGCAACUGGUAUCUUUCAACAACAACAAAAAAGGAAUUGUCUUUGGAUUGCAUGUUAUUUUAUUAAUGACAGAACAAAUAUUAUUAAGGGGUAUCAACUAAGUGCAUUCUUUACACGUGUAGGUUAUUUUAUGAGACUCUACAGACUUUUUACAAGACUCAGUGUUCUCAAAAUGUCUAAUGCAAGCUGAUGGAGAAUGAGGAUGUGCACAAAGAGAUUUCAAAGGGCUUAAAUGGCUGCUGAUGCAAAUGUGAUGUGGCUAUGCUGACAAUGGGAGCUAAAAGUGCUCAGGGAAAUCAGGCUAAAUUGUGUUUGGAUGGAUGUGUGGCGCGUCUCAAAUGCCACCUUAUUCCUUAGAUAGUGCACUACCUUUGACCCAGGGCCCAUAGAGAAUAGCGUGCCAUUUUGGACACUGCGGGUCUCCGUCUCGUCGUGUUUAUGGGAGUGUGACAGCGUAACACAUCUACCUCCUGAUUGGAAGUGAAGCGUGGCAGUUGACACCUCAUUGGAGCAGAAACCAAGCAAGUCUCUUCUUAUUAUUGGUGUCCUUUAGUAGUGUUUUCUUUUCAGCAAAUCGACCAUGAAGGCCUGAUUCACGCAGUCUCCUCUGAACAGUUGAUGUUGAGAUGUGUCUGUUACUUGAACUCUGUGAAGCAUUUAUUUGGGCUGCAAUUUCUGAGGCUGGUAACUCUAAUGAACUUAUCCUCUGCAGCAGAGGUAACUCUGGGUCUUCCUUUCCUGUGGCGGUCCUCAUGAGAGCCAGUUUCAUCAUAGCGCUUGAUGGUUUUUGCGACUGCACUUGAAGAAACUUUCAAAGUUCUUGAAAUGUUCCGUAUUGACUGACCUUCAUGUCUUAAAGUAAUGAUGGACUGUCGUUUCUCUUUGCUUAUUUGAGCUGUUCUUGCCAUAAUAUGGACUUAGUCUUUUACCAAAUAGGGCUAUCUUCUGUAUACCCCCCCCCCCCCCCCCCCUUACCUUGUCACAACACAACUGAUUGGCUCAAAUGCAUUAAGAAGGAAAUAAAUUCCACAAAUUAACUUUUAUGAAGGCACACCUGUUAAUUGAAAUGCAUUUCAGGUGACUACCUCAUGAAGAUGGUUGAGAGAAUGCCAAGAGUGUGCAAAGCUGUCAUCAAGGCAAAGGGUGGCUAUUUGAAGAAUCUCAAAUAUAAAAUAUAUUUUGAUUUGUUUAACACUUUUUUGGUUACUACAUGAUUCCAUAUUUGUUAUUUCAUAGUUUGGAUGUCUUCCUUAUUAUUCUACAAUGUAGAAAAUAGUAAAAAUAUAGAAAAACCCUUGAAUGAGUAGGUGUUCUAAAACUUUGGACCUGUAGUGUUUCAAGGACAGCUUUUUUCCAUCUACGUAACAUUGCAAAAAUCAGAAAUUUUCUGUCCAAAAAUGAUGCAGAAAUAUUAAUCCAUGCAUUUGUUACUUCUAGGUUAGACUACUGCAAUGCUCUAUUUUCCGGCUACCCGGAUAAAGCACUAAAUAAACUUCAGUUAGUGCUAAAUACGGCUGCUAGAAUCCUGACUAGAACCAAGAAAUUUGAUCAUAUUACUCCAGUGCUAGCUUCCCUACACUGGCUUCCUGUUAAGGCAAGGGCUGAUUUCAAGGUUUUACUGUUAACCUAUAAAGCGUUACAUGGGCUUGCUCCUACCUAUCUUUCCGAGUUGGUCCUGCCGUACAUACCAAUACGUACGCUACGGUCACAAGACGCAGGCCUCCUAAUUGUCCCUAGAAUUUCUAAGCAAACAGCGGGAGGCAGGGCUUUCUCCUAUAGAUCUCCAUUUUUAUGGAACAGUCUGCCUACCCAUGUGAGAGACGCAGACUCGGUCUCAACCUUUAAGUCUUUACUGAAGACUUAUCUCUUCAGUAGGUCAUAUGAUUGAGUGUAGUCUGGCCCAGGAGUGUGAAGGUGAACGGAAAGGCUCUGGAGCAACGAACAGCCCUUGCUGUCUCUGCCAGGCCGGUUCCCCUCUCCACUGGGGUUCUCUGCCUCUAACCCUGUUGCAGGGGCUGAGUCACUGGCUUGCUGGUGCUCUUUCAUGCCGUCCCUGGGAGGGGUGCGUCACUUGAGUGGGUUGAGUUACUGACGUGAUCUUCCUGUCUGGGUUGGCGCCCCCCCCUUGGUUUGUGCUGUGGUGGAGACCUCUGUGGGCUAUACUCGGCCUUGUCUCAGGAUUGUAAGUUGGUGGUUGAGGAUAUCCCUCUAGUGGUGCGGGGGCUGUGCUUUGGCAGAGUGGGUGGGGUUAUAUCCUUCCUGUUUGGCCCUGUCCGGGGGUUUCUUCGGAUGGGGCCACAGUGUCUCCGGACCGCUCCUGUCUCAGCCUCCAGUAUUUAUGCUGCAGUAGUUUAUGUGUCGGGGGGCUGGGGUUAGUUGGUUAUACCUGGAGUACUUCUCCUGUCUUAUCCAGUGUCCUGUGUGAAUUUAAGUAUGCUCUCUCUAAUUCUCUCGUUCUCUCUUUCUCUCUGAGAACCUGAGCCCUAGGACCAUACGUCAGGACUACCGGGCAUGAUGACACCUUGCUGUCCCCAGUCCGCCUGGCCUUGCUGCUAUUCCAGUUUCAACUGUUCUGCCUGCGGUUACGAAACCCCUACCUGUCCCAGACCUGCUGUUUUCAACUCUUAAUGAUCGGCUAUGAAAAGCCAACUGAGAGACCUGAGCCCUAGGACCAUACGUCGGGACUACCGGCCGUGGUGACUCCUUGCUGUCCCCAGUCCGCCUGGCCUUGCUGCUAUUCCAGUUUCAACUGUUCUGCCUGCGGUUAUGGAACCCCUACCUGUCCCAGACCUGCUGUUUUCAACUCUUAAUGAUCGGCUAUGAAAAGCCAACUGAGAUUUAUUCCUGAUUAUUAUUUGACCAUGCUUGUCACUUAUGAACAUUUUUGAACAUCUUGGCAUGGUUCUGUUAUAAUCUUCACCCGGCACAGCCAGAAGAGGACUGGCCACCCCUCAUAGCCUGGUUCCUCUCUAGGUUUCUUCCUAGGUUUUCGCCUUUCUAGGGAGUUUUUCCUAGCCACCGUGCUUCUACACCUGCAUUACUAGCUGUUUGGGGUUUUAGGCUGGGUUUCUGUACAGCACUUCGAGAUAUUAGCUGAUGUAAGAAGGGCUAUAUAAAAUAAAAUUGAUUGAUUGAUUGAUAGUGUAUAUAAGGUCCCACAGUUGACAGUGCAUGUCAGAGCAAAAACCAAGCCAUGAGGUCGAAGGAAUUGUCCGUAGAGCUUCGAGACAGGAUUGUGUCGAGGCACAGAUCUGGGGAAGGGUACCAACACAUUUCUGCAGCAUUGAAGGUCCCCAAGAACACGGUGGCCUCCAUCAUUCUUAAAUAGAAGAAGUUUGGAACCACCAAGACUCUUCCUAGAGCUGGCCGACCGGCCAAACUGAGCAAUCGGGGGAGAAGGGCCUUGGUCAGGGAGGUGACCAAGAACCCGAUGGUCACUCUGACAGAGCUCCCGAGUUCCUCUGUGGAGAUGGGAGAACCUUCCAGAAGGACAACCAUCUCUGCAGCACUCCACCAAUCAGGCCUUGAUGGUAGAGUGGCCAGACAGAAGCCACUCCUCAGUAAAAGGCACAUGACAGGCCGCUCGGAUUUUGCCAAAAGGCACAUGACAGCCUGCUUGGAGUUUGCCAAAAGGCACCUAAAGGACUCUCAGAUCAUGAGAAACAAGAUUCUCUGGUCUGAUGAAACCAAGAUUGAACUCUUUGGCCUGAAUUCCAAGUGUCACGUCUGGAGGAAACCUGGCACCAUCUCUACAGUGAAGCAUGGUGGUGGCAGCAUCAUGCUGUGGGGAUGUUUUUCAGCGGCAGGGACUGGGAGACAAGUCAGGAUAGAGUGAAAGAUGAACAGAGCAAUGUACAGAGAGAUCCUUGAUGAAAACCUGCUCCAGAGCGCUCAGGACCACAAACUGGGGCAAAGGUUCACCUUCUAACAGGACAACGGCCCUAAUCACACAGGCAAGACAAUGCAGGAGUGGCUUCAGGACAAGUCUCUGUUGGACUUUUAUUGGCAAAAAUGUAUAGAAACCUGUUUUUGCUUUGUCAUUAUGGGGUAUUGUGUGUAGAUUGAGGGGGGAAAAUAUACAUACAUUUUUGAUUGGACACCCUAGAGCAGGGGUACUCCAAUCUUACCCUACAACAGCGUUUCCCAAACUCGGUCCUCGGGACCCCAAGGGGUGCACAUUUUGGGUUUUGCCCUAACACUACACAGCUGAUUCACAUUAUCAAAGCUUGAUGAUUAGUUGCUUAUUUUAAUCAGCUGUGUAGUGCUAGUGCAAAAAAACUGAGGACCGAGUUUGGGAAACCCUGCCCUACGAGGUCCAGAGCCUGAUGGUUUUCUGUUCUACCUGAUAAUUAAUUGCACCCACCUGGUGUCCAAGGUCUAAAUCAGUCCCUGAUUAAAGGGGAACAAUUAAAAAAUUGGAUUGGAGUUUGAGGGCCCUAGAGAUUAUAUAUACAGUAUGUCAUUGGAACAAAUUCCACAAAGAAAUUAUAUCGGUCACUCUCGGUUUCAACUUUUGCAAGCUUUCUCUCUGGACAAAAACGAAGGAGGGACUCUGAAAGGUGUUGGGAAUGGGUGGGCGGCCAUUGCUGUUCCUUGUCUCUAGUUAAUAUAAUACCUCUAUGGCAGGGCUGCCCAACCCUCUUCCUGGAGAUCUACUGUCCUGUAGGUUUUCAGUCCAAACCUAAUUUAGCAUAUCUGAUUCAGCUAGAUAAGGUCUUGUUGAGCAUCUAAUAAGUAGAAUCAGGUGUGUUAAAUUAGGGUUGGACUGAAAACCCACAGGAUGGUAGAUAUCCAGGAAGAGGGUUGUGCAGCCCUGCUCUAUGGUGUUGGGGCGCCGAGGUGUUAGUCUUCACAGUUAACGUCACAACCUUUUCUACACAACCUUUUCUACUAAAUUGGAGUGAAAGAUCCAUUUUGUUUGGUGGCAAUGGAUCUUGGAGAUGUUGCUUUAAAGGAAGGGAUCCAUACUGUACAGCAGUGGUUCCCAACUCCAGUCCUCCAGUACUCCCAACAGAACAUAUUUUUGUUGUAGCCUUGGACAAGCACACCUGAUUCAACUUGUCAACUAAUCAUCAGGCCCUCAAUGAGUUGAAUCGGGUGUUUUUUGUCCGGGGUACAACAAAAAUGUGUGCUGUUGGGGUACUGGAGGACUUGGGCUGGGAACCACUGUCCUCAACAGAUCUGAGGCUACUAUACCACUGUCUUUCUCUGGUCCUUUUCUCCAUAGUCUCCCACCCAUCCACUCCCUUCAAUCACUAUCCCUUAUUUAUUUACGCUCCAAUAUGUAUAGAAUAUGCAAAUGUAUGUUCUUUAUGUGUUGAUACGAGCGUUCAAGAUCUUUAACAAACACCUGACAUGCUGCUUGUCGCUCUGAUUUGCUCCCCCUUUCAGUGGCUCUGUGAUCUACCGCUAGUGCUGAACCCUCCUCCCCAGCUCUAGCAACAUCACACUCCCUGCAUCCCUAUUGGUUUGUGUUACCAUUCCAAUCAGCCAGCGUCAUUAGUCUCUCUAACUAACCCCUCCUCCAACAGCCCAGGCGAACACAGCCCCGCCCAUCCCAGCCAGGCAGCAUGAGGUGGCCAUGAACAGGCAGCAGCGCUACUUCCGCAUCCCUUUCAUCCGGCCCGGGGACCAGUACAAGGACCCCCAGAACAAAAAGAAGGGCUGGUGGUAUGCCCACUUUGACGGGCCCUGGAUCGCCAGGCAGAUGGAGCUGCACCCGGACAAGCAGCCCAUCCUGCUGGUGGCAGGUCAGUCAGUAACCCAGAACUCCUAGUAUAGGGGAUCUUCUCUCUCUCUCUGUGUGUGCACGCUCAUUUAUCUGUACGAUUUAUAGUCUUACUGCCUCACAGUCACAACGCUCUAUUGUUUUGCGGUCUGUGUCUCUAGGGAAAGACGACAUGGAGAUGUGUGAGCUGAGCCUGGAGGAGACAGGCCUGACGAGGAAGAGGGGAGCUGAGAUCCUGCCCCGGCAGUUUGAGGAGAUCUGGGAGCGCUGCGGGGGCAUCCAGUACCUCCGGAGAGCCAUCGAGAGCCGACAGGCCCGCCCCACCUACGCCACAGCCAUGCUGCAGAGCCUCCUCAAGUAAAGGGUGUAGGGUGAAUUUGCCCCUAGUCACUGAUCCUGGGUCAGUUUUGCAUUUUACCCACCUAAUGGUUAAGGUUAGGAUUGGGGAGGGGAAGCUGAUCCUAGAUCUGUACUCUGGGGGAAACUUCACCCUGGAGCUAAAGCCCCCUGUCUUAAACCACGGGCCUCUCUCUCACUACAGCAAAGGGAAGAUUGCACUAAGCUACUGCACAGCGGGUAUUCAAGCAUACUGUACCAUGUUUUGACUGGGGGCACUCGAGUCAUAAGUUAACUGCUUUUUGUUAAUUGGCUUUUUUCUUUUGUUCAUGUUGUUGGUCUUGCCUGCUUUCAAUUGUCUUGUCGAUUUAUUAUUUCUCGUUGGGUGCGGGGGAAUUUGCAGUGAACCUAUGCAGAGGAAUCAGACAGUGAGUAAUUACUACAUCUAGUUUUGUUUCUCGAGAAAAUGUGGAUGUUUUCCUUUUAAUAUUCCUGCUACUUUAACUAUGAGGCCUUAUAAAAACUACUUUAACAGGGUAAUUUGCUGAAAGUAGGGAGUGUUUCAAAGCUGCCUCCAAAUAAGUUUUAAGAGUAUAAAAAACAUUUUGUCUCUUCGGUCUUAACAGCUUGUUGAUAGUUUCACUCAAACCGAUACUUGCUGUUUACUUCGUUUUCAUGUAGUUAUUACAGGACAAUACUUGCACAAAAUAGUUGUUGGAUCCAGGGUUGGAAAUGGCCCCCCCAGCAGGUUACCCCAGUGAAUUCUGGCUAUUUCCACCCCUGGUUGGACCUCUCUGUUUUCUCAUGUGAGGCAGUUAUACUUGAGAGUCAGGUUCUUCUCUAAGGAUAUUUUUUUGUAACUGCACAUAAGUUCACAUUAAUUUCUAAUUAUAAUAUUUGAUAAUACUGUAAUGAUAACUUUCUUUUUUUUUACCUCUGGCUUUCAGACCGAAUGUAAUUUGA